AUGGUUAGAACACGAGGUUUAGGUUGUGCGUUAGGAGCUGGUAGAGGUAGAGGCAUUAGUGAGGAUAUGCAUGAGGCUGAUGUUCCUCUGCGUCGCAGACCUACUGCUUCAGCACAGAUGACAGGCGCCGCCGAUGCUGUUCAGACAGAGGGAGUGGCUACUGAUGGGAGCUUGGGGUCACCUGCUGCAGAUGAAGGUUUCCCCGGUGGACCACGCGACCCAUCGAUUUUGAUCGAUUUUGCUGAGCAUGUCGCACACAGCAUCUGGAGUGGACGGGAACGACCCGAUCUGAAGUGUUCUGUUAUCACCACUGAUCCUGGAUUGAUAUCCGCCUUCGUCGAGAGGUGGCAUCGCGAGACUAGCACGUUCCACUUGCCAGUAGGCGAGUUGACAAUCACGUUGGAUGACGUGGCAUCACUCCUACACCUUCCCAUCACUAGCGCGCUGCAUACGUUCAAGCCGCUUGUUACUUCAGACGCCAUUCGUCUACUGACGGAGCUUCUUGAGGUCAGUGAUGAGGAGGCUACAUUAGAGACCCGACAGGCUGGUGGGCCUCAUGUCCGGUUGGGGUGGCUUCGAGACUUGUAUCAGAGCCAGUGCAGCACCAGACGAUGGGUUGUAGCAGCCCGCACGUAUCUGCUCCACUUGGUGGGUUGUACUCUUUUCACCAAUAAGAGUUCAACCCAUGUACAUGUCGUGCACCUGGAGGCUUUCAGGGACCUGGCCCAGACAGGGGGAUUCGCCUGGGGGGCGGCUGCAUUAGUCCACAUGUACGACCAUCUGAAUGACGCGUCGCAGUGCUGGAUAUACGAGCACUUUCCUACAGUGCAUACAUCCGUCGUUCAUGAUGCUUAUGAUGAGGGGAGCCCACGGGCCUGCAGGUGGCUUACGGGUAAGGCUCAUAUUACGGGGAUCAAGGGAGCCCCGUAUCGGAGACGUUUGGAUGCCCUGAGUGUGACUGACGUGUGCUGGAUGCCCUAUGGUGAGCACCAACGAGUCAGGGCCUUUGACUUGAUAUCGUCGUACACCGGCCAGCUCAAAUGGGGUCAGAUUGUGGUGUACGUUCGACCUAAGCGGGUUCUUCGACAGUUUGGCUACCUUCAGACGGUCCCUUCGCCGCCGGUUUGUGAUUCUUUGAUGGGUGAUGAUAUAGAUGACCGGUGGCUGAAUUUUCCAGACCAUUUGGUGCCUUCAAGGGAGCUCUGUGUAGUUCCUGGACAGGUGGCGGCAGACUACAUGGAGUGGUUUUUUCGGAUAUCGCACCCAUUUGUCACGCGGACCGAGGAGACUGCUGCGCCGAGACAUCCGCCUCCCCCUCAUCAUGAGGAGUUCGUCGAGCCACCCAUCCCCGAGGUUUCAGUCGCGACUGAUCUCCCUACGCAUUCAGUGGUUCACUGCGAAGGAUGUCAGGGGAUGGCUCAGGAUUUAGGAGCGAUUGCUGAGGAUUUGGAGCGGGUCAUCAACCUCAGGAUGGUCACUGAGGGCACUGACUUACAUGACAUCAUGACUUGUUGUCUGAGGAGAGCUAGAGGUGACACCACAGAUGGAAGUCUUAGGCUGUGCCAGAGACGCCGCAUAGAUUAG